CCGGCCCGGGCUGUCAGAGAAGGAGGAGGAGGCGGAGGCCGUCCCGGGGAGGAGCCAGGGUUGCGGCCAGGGCUGGCUGUGUGCUCUCCCCAGCCCAGAUUAGAUGAUCGUGGAGGCAGCGGCGGGUCGUGCUGCUCCCCGGGUGUCACCAUGUCGCUGCGGGCCCGCGCCCUCUAUGACUUCCGAGCGGAGAACCCGGGGGAGGUGUCCCUGCGGGAGGCCGAGGUGCUCAGCCUGUGCAGCGAGCAGGACAUCGAGGGCUGGCUGGAGGGGGUGAACAGCCGGGGGGAGCGCGGUCUGUUCCCGGCUUCCUACGUGGAGGUGAUCCGCAGCGAGCCGGCCUCCCCCCCUCCGCCGCCCCCGCCACCCCCGGCCCCGGACUCCCGCUACUCCAACCUGCCCGCCGGGGGGUACUCCCCGCCGCAGCCCUCCGCCCAGGCUCCUCCCCAGCUGGCCUUCUCCUUCCCCGCGGGAGCCGUGCAGCCCCGGCCGAGCGCCCUCCACUACCAGCAGAGCCAGCCCAGCGACGACGACUGGGACGACGAGUGGGAUGACAGCAGCUCCACGGCGGCCGACGAGCCCGGGGGGGCUCCCACUCCCGGUUACUAUGGCGGCGGCGGUUUCCAUGACUACGACGGGUCCAGCUCGCGCUACCGAAUGUCCACCCGCUCCGAGCUGCCCCCGGGCUCCUACUCCACCACCGCCUCCUCCGCCUCCCAGGCCGCCAAGGGCUCGGCCACCGUCAGCCGCAACCUCAACCGCUUCUCCGCCUUCGUCAAGACCGGCGGCGAGGCGUUCGUGCUGGGCGAGGCGGCCGGGUUCGUGCGGGACGGGGACAAGCUGUGCGUGGUGCAGGGCCCGCACGGGCCGGAGUGGCAGGAGAACCCGUACCCGUUCGGCUGCUCCAUCGACGAGCCGACCAAGCAGACCAAGUUCAAGGGGAUGAAGAGCUACAUCUCGUACCGGCUGCUCCCCAGCCACACCGGCCUGCAGGUCUACCGCCGGUACAAGCACUUCGACUGGCUCUACACCCGCCUGCUGGAGAAAUUCCCGGUCAUAUCGGUACCCCGCAUCCCCGAGAAACAGGCCACCGGCCGCUUCGAGGAGGACUUCAUCUCCAAGCGGAGGAAGGGUCUGAUCUGGUGGAUGGACCACAUGUGCAGCCACCCGGUGCUCUCACGGUGCGACGCCUUCCAGCACUUCCUCACCUGCACCGACGAGAAGGCCUGGAAACAGGGCAAGAGGAAAUGCGAGAAGGAUGACAUGGUUGGAGCCAACUUCUUCCUCACCCUCAGCACCCCACCAGGGGCCCCAGUGCUGGACCCCCACGAUGUGGAAGGCAAGCUGGACUCCUUCAAGGCGUUCGCCAAGAGGAUGGAUGAGGGAGUCCUUCAGCUCAACCAGACAGCCGGAGAGUUUGCCCGAAAACAAGCUUCAGGCUUCAAGAAGGAGUACCAGAAGGUGGGCAUGGCCUUCAAAGGCUUGGGACAAGCUUUCGAGAUAGACCAGCAGCCCUUCUCGGUGGGAUUCAACCGGGCUAUGGCCUUCACUGGGGAUGCCUAUGAUGCUAUUGGGGAAAUGUUUGCAGAGCAGCCUCGACAGGACCUGGAUCCCAUCAUGGACCUGCUGGCAGUCUACCAGGGCCACCUGGCCAACUUCCCAGACAUCAUCCACGUCCAGAGAGGUAACCACAAAAAAAGGGGGUGCUCUGGUGUGUUGGGGGUUGCUGUCACUGAGAUGCAGGAUACUAGGGCUACAGGGUAUGACGGUUUCUCAUAAAUUAGAUUAAGAUAUGUGCAUUAUUAAUACAUUACAACAUUCCAUUAUUGUAACAAUUGAAUAUUGUGGACCCAGGAUGUAAUUACUUGGGAAGACCCCAUGUAUGUAGGAGGUGAAAGGUAGACAAAUGUGUAGAAAACACUUCGCCUUAAUUCGAUUCAUUCUCACUCAAUAUGUAACUGUAAAACCACAAAUCCUCUAGCAAUCUUUUGAUACUUUUACUGCAAUUAUAAUAGACGAAAACUUCUUUCAUGAUGGUAACAAAACAAGCUUGAUCUUUGUGUUUGAAAUAGCAAUGCCUAUUUGUAAUGCCUUCUAACAUAGUUUCAGAUUAUGUCAGAGAUCACUCAGUUGGAGGGGGUUUACAGUGACACCAAUCUGAACUUUGCAAUGGAAUUAGAGCAUAAUAUCUAGUCAAUUCUUCUGGCAGUCUUAACGUCUUAUUGUUAUGUGUUUGUAGGAACACCUGAUAUUGAGCUAUUCAGAAUAGGUAUUCAAAGAAAUUAGGUAUUCUAUAAGAUAUAUGUAUAACUAUCUGUGCUUUCUAUUUUGUGGGCUAGUAUUUCCUUAAAAUUACAAAUGUCUUGGAACAAUGCUUUGAAUCUUUUAUGCUAUUGCCUUGGUCUAAAUAUUUAAAUAAAAAAUAUAUAUAUUUUAUGGCACUGCUUACACACAUCAUACAAACUACAUAAUGAUCUCUAAUAGUUUUGUCAGCAUCUGUGCGCAUGCAAACCAAUGUUUCAUUCAUUCAUUCAUUCAUUCAUUCGUACACUUGGGGAUACUGAUUUUGCCUUUUUCCCAUAGGCCAACACUGGGCAGGGGUGUAUGUAGUAUGCACAGCAUCUCAUUGGAAAUACAAGGCCCAUUAUUGACUGCAUCACUCUUGUCUGCAUAAACCAAAUCAAAGUAGAGAUACUCCUGUCUAAAUUUACAUUUUUAUGUGGCUGCUUUUUUCUUUUCUAUCUCGUAUAGUGGUUAACUUUUUUCAUUUUUCAAAGAACAAAAGUUAUGUACAUUACAUUACCUGCAUAGGUCACCAAUGUUAAACAAUGUUCAUUAGGCUUUCAAAGCUCUAACAAAUGUUUUAUGGACUCGCUUAAGCAGCAGUCCAGACAAAAAUUAUGAACCAUUGAUUCAGGGAUUUUUUUCUUUAAAUACAAGGAAGAAAAAGAUUGCACAGGAUGUAUAUGUGCUUUACUCAAGCAUACCCUGAUGCUUACCAAACGUAUGGUUGCAAAACAUUUUAACCUAUUAAAUGGAAAGAAGUGUGUAUUAAAUGAGGAAAUGAUACAGGAAAUUAAUUCUAUAUUUUAAAGGAAUGUUCUCAAUUUUGACUUUCCUUGUUGGCAAUUUUACAUUGCGAAAUCUCCAAUGACUCACUGUACAAAACUUUCUUGAGUUGCAAUACUUAAAGUAUAAUAUCUCGAAAGCUUACAAUGUAUAACAUCCCAGCACACUGAAGACAUUUUGCCAAAUCUUAGCACCCUAGAUAUUAAUGUGCCUUUCACGUGAUACUCAGCCUGCCAAUUGUUUUUGGCUUGCUGAACAUGAUGGGAAAUUUAUUUUUCAAACAUCUGGGAUGCUGGAGUGAUUCAUCACCAUUGUAAAGUGAGCAUAUGAGGUGUCAAGUAUUCAAAAUGAAGUACAAAGAGCUGAGAGAUUUAUGAAAGUGUCUUAUUCUGAAAAGUGGUACAAAGUUUGAAGUGGAAUCACCAGUGGAAUGUGCUUUUGGUUUCCAUGGUGAUAACACCGCUUUUCUUAUACUUUAAUAAAUCUCUUCCAAUGCGACUUCUAGGUAAUACAUUGCAUGCUAGUAUUAUCCAAUCAUUUUGUUUACUGCAUAAAUAAGGCUUUUCUUGGUAAUCUCUGGACACACUUUCUUGAAAUAAGCAAUCUGAUUUUUUUUUUUUUUCAGUAGGGGGUUUGUGAGAGAUUCAGCACUUGGUUGUAGUUUUGUUUAUGGGGGAACCUGAAAUAUUGAUAUAUUUUUUUUUUUUUUGGCUCUUUAUAUUUCAAUAUCCUAAUAAAGGCUUAUACCCCCUAUACGAAUAUUUACUUUUAAGGAACUUCUUUUGGUGGAGUGGGAGUCCGCAAACUUUAAGUGGGCGGUCGUCCCAUCCUGCUUUAUUUUUCCUCUAUACCAAAGGCUUAUACCAUAUUUAUGGAUACUUAAUUCAUUUAGAGGUUCUCGUUUAUGGAGGAGGGAUUCCCCACAUAUUUGUGAGGAGUUAUCCUGACUCAAUUUAGUAGUUUUUGUUCAAUUUACUUUGGGUGAUGCCCUUAAGUUCCUCUGUAACCGAUUAGGAGGCACCAGUGCUGACUAGUGUAGCCCUGUUGCCUCUUCUUGUGUGGCUAUUAAAUAAAUGUUAACUCAAAUCUAGAGGUUAGACUUUCCUUCCGUGAGAUUACUAGUGUGGCUAAAGUGCUUUAGUUUGGAGCGUUCCUUUAAACUACACAAAGUACAUCACGUUAAAUGGUACACUGCCACCACACACUGAAAUUAUGUAAUAUUUAUAUUCACCUUCAGUGUGUGAUUAUAAAUAUUAUCUAUGUUCAGGUUAUUCUGGUGUCAAGUUAAGUUUGUAUUUUACUUAUUUAUGCUUUGGGUGUAAUAUAAUAAAUUACUACUCCUUGUAAUUAAAUGAGAUGCACAGACUGUAGUGUAAAGGAGAAUCAUAAUCAUGCAGGUUUUUGUUACAAUGGAAAAAGUGUUAAUUUGUGUGUGCAUGUAUUCAUCAAAUCUUAUUUUUCUUUUUUACCUUCACUAAUGAAGGCCCUUAUUUGGGUAAACCUCUUCAUCAAAUCAUGAGGCAAUACUGAAACUCCAAUUAUGCUGUAAGCCAAUGUUUAAUCUAUUUAUGGAGCACUUUUCUACCCCAAGAGGAUGUCAAGCACUUAGUUAAAACUUCAUGACCUGCUGACAUAGCUGUAUCAUACAAAGGAGUGUAGUAUGGAUGCCAUAUGGAAUAGUCUGUAAGCCAAUAAGCCAAAGGGUAGUUUAUCUUAUGUGACUGACAAUUCUGUGUGAAAAUAUCUUGACAUUGCCUUGUCUAUUUCAGAAUAUGGUAUUUUAGUUAAAUAAAAAUGUGAUCAUUUAACGCUGCAAAAUGGUCUUGUGAUGCUAAGAUUUUUUUCUGUGACAAGCAGGCGAUGUGGUCAAAAUGUGGCGGAAACAUUCUAGCCUUGUGUUCAUGAUUCAGAGUGGUAGUGUAGUAAAUGUUUUUUAGCACACAUUGGGUCUCUUAAUCCUACCUGAGCUCUGUAUGAAUGCUACAACCUUACCAAAAGUAUUGUUGUUGUCAACACAUUUUUAUGGCCACAUUCCACCUUAUGGCUACCUAUGGCUGAAUAAUGUGUUUUGUCACAAAGCACGUCAUCUCAAACUGAUUCCAAAAGUGGUAGAAUCCACUAUAUUCAAAUGAGCUCAGCAGUGACCUGAUCACUAUCCAGUAGGACAUUGGGAUAUAAUGACAUGGGAGAUUUAUAGCAUAGUUACAUAGCUACAUAGCUGUAAAGAGACUUGCGUCCAUCAAGUUCAGCCUACCUCACGUUUGUUUUUUGCUGUUGAUCCAAAAGAAGGGAAAAAAACAGUUUGAAGCACAAUUUUGCAACAAGCUAGGACAAAAAUUUCUUCUUGACCCCAGAAUGGCAGUCAGAUUUAUCCUUGGAUCAAGCAUUUAUUACCCUACAUUGAAAGAUUAUAUCCUUGAAUAUUCUGUUCUUGCAAGUAUCCAUCUAGUAGCCGUUUGAACAUCUGUAUGGACUCUGAUAAAACCACUUCUUCAGGCAGAGAAUUCCACAUCUUGAUUGUUCUUACAGUAAAAAAAAAACCUUUCCUUUGUCUUAGACGAAAUCUUCUUUCUUCCAGUCUAAACGCAUGGCCUCGUGUCCUAUGUAAAAUCCGGUUUGUGAAUAGAUUUCCACACAAUGGUUUGAAUGUACAGCUGACAUUUGCAACAGUGAAUUGAUGCUGUCAUGACAACCUGGAUCUUAAUUUCUAAGUAAGGAAAUAAAACUAAUAUUUUUUUCAUUCUCCCCCUCCCCCCCUAUAAAAACAUGUUUGUAUUCCUAAAGUUAUAGUGUAUCUUGAAUACGUUUCAGUCCGUAGUCCUUCACAAUACUAAUAGAAAUAUGCAAAAAUUAGUUUUAGGUGAUUCGUCAGAAAAUGUUUUUUGUUUGCGGUCAUCAAAUAAAUCAAACAAAGUCAGAAUCCUCUGCAUUUAGCAGGAACUGUUAGUUUAGCAUGAUUUGUGUUGAUGUUGAUAACUUCUAAUGACAUGGUUUAGCAUUAAUUCCAAAAUGCUUUCCCUUUGACUCCAACAACUUUAAUUGUUAAGCUCACUGCUCUGUAAUUUCAGGGUAGAGAUUUUGUUCCUUUGUUAAUUAUGGGCACCAUGUCAUUUUCUCCAAUCCUCUGAUAUGAUUCCUGCAAAAAAAUAAAUCCUGUAUAAUGCAAAACAUUGGUAUUGCUAUUUUUAAUCUAAGCUCCCAAAGUACUAGUGAUUAUAUACCACCUGGCCCUUGGGCUUUGUUUAUCAACUUUAUUUACUCCAUUGCCCAUGGCACUUUGCUGUCACCCCUAUCCUCAGUACUGUAAGCAGGACACUUUGUUCCAAUUAAUGUCCUGCUUACUUAGCUUUUGGCUCUCCAUCUAACCCCACAGUUUUACAUUAUGUAGGCCAUUCCAUUUUGAAAUUGAAUAUUUAGUGUAGAGGAACACUAUAGGGUCUGGAACACAAACAUGUAUUCCUGUCCCCUGAGUGUUAAAAUCACCAUCUAUCCCUCCUGGCCUCCCCUUGCCCCCUAAACACUGCAAAUCUUACCUUUAUUCCAGUCUGCAGCUGCUGGCUCUGCCCCUGAUCUGCCUGCUUGGCUGACAUUAUCAUAAGUGGUGUUAUGAGCCAAUCACAAUGCUUUCACAUAGGAAAGCAUUGGAUUGGCUGAGCUUGUCAAGAAGGCAGAUCAGGGGCAAAGUCAGCACAAGCCAAACACAGCCCUGGGCAAUUGGCAUAUCUUCAUAGAAAUGCAUUGAAUUAAUGCAUCUCUAUGAGGAAUGUUCAGUGUCUCCAUGCAGUUGGUGGAGACCCUAAAUGGCAGUAGUGCACACUGUGCAGCACUGACCCAGGAAGCACCUCUAGCAGCCAUAUGAUGAGUGGCCAGUGGAUAUAUCCCUAGGCUGUAAUGUAAACAUUGCAUUUUCCCUGAAAAUAAAGUGUUUACUGCAAAAAGCAUUAAGGGAAUGAUUAUACUCACCAGAACAAAUACAAUAAGCUGUAGUUAUUCUGGUGACUAUAGUGUCCCUUUAACAAAUUGAUUCACAGCAUAUACCCGAAUUAGUCUUUAAAGGAUUGAUCCUCCCUCAGCUGCCAUGUCUGUCACCCAUCUUUCUAUGGGUUCCUUAAAUGGCUUAUAUUCUGCCACAUCACUAGUUGUAGCUAAACUCUGGUCAGUGAGCAGCAUAGCAAUUUUAAGAUUUUCACUCUCUCAGUGUUGCAAUUUGCUUCUCCAGAUCUCAAAUCUGAACUUCCAGCGCAGCCAUUCACUCACACUUUAUGCAGAAGUAAUACUUCUAAAACACCAACAAAGUUUGCAGUGCUGUACAAUAGGUGGACUAACAGACUAGUAUCUGCAACAGGAUUAGUUAGACACAUUGGAACUGAGUGUAGAAUAUAAUUGUGUAAAACAAAAUUUACCUGCUUUUCUCGAACUGUUCAAAAUAUUCUACCUUGCAAUAUACACCUUGAGUAAGCUAUUGUGAUCAAGCUGUUUAAAUAGGUGCUUGGUUAGAAAGCGUGCACAGAGAAAAAGAAAAGGUUUAAACCAUUACUUAUGGGAAAUUGUCAGCAGCACUAUAGAAAGUGUGCCGUUUACUUCCUGGUCUGUUUAGAGCGUAUUGCAAAUCCUACUUAGACUGCAGUUUCUAAAGUGAACGUUUAAAGAAAAAAAAAUGUAUAUUAAUUGAGUGACUUGCAAGCUCUCAGUUUACAUUGAGGUUUAACAGCGGCAACAUUUGAUAGGUCCUUAUUGAAAGGUGAACAAACAGUAUUGCAAAGGUGUGUUUUUUGUUUUUUUUUGUAUUCUAAAUGUAUAAAAAAACAUUACCAAUGGUGAUGUUUACCGAUUACCUAACCAUUUUUGUGAUUUAUCCCCACCCCCCCAACCCUUUUAAAAGUAGUAAACGCCAAAGUGACAUUUGUCAUUCUGAACAGAGCUUCGGGCUGCCAAAGUCUUGUGUGCCUGGGGUAUAACUUGCCCCCAGCACAUGUUCAAAUCUCUCUGAAUUUGAAGCGUUUGAUGCAGAAAUGUUGCACCUAUAGACUCCUACCACUAUAACCAAUUAAAAUCACUGAUGUGGUGGUGAUGGAUGGAGUAACCCUUACUACGGACCCCUAAAUCUACUUCCAUAAUAAAUUAGAGUCAGACAGUUGAUCUUCCUUUUCCAUAAUUCAUUGAGUCGACCCAAAAAGGAGAUAUUAUACAAUCUCAAGACAAGCGUUUAGUGCUUCAGCUGCUGAUGUCUGGGAUUUGUUUAAAUCUCACAACCACAAGAUUGAUUUGUGGAGGAAUCAACUCAGCCUUCUGUUUACAGAUAGUGAUAACCAUUCAUUUGGUACCUAAGGCUUUUUGGAACAAGGAGUUUCGAAGUUUGGUAUAUCCUUCAUGGUAGAAAAGUUGUGAUCAGUCUGGAUCUGCCUGACAAGGGUGAUCAGGUAUCUUUGGGAGAACUUUUGUGACUGCGCUAUGUGUGAAAGUAUGCUUUCUGUCAGAGAGACUGUAGAAGUUUGUCUGUAAUACAGUAGACCAUCUGUGACCAGAUUUUCUUCAAAAUGCAUAGAAACACCACAGGUUUUACAGCUUCUUUCGUUUUUUGUGUGACUAUUUUGCUAAGAAGUUGAGGGCAUUGAUUGACUGCAUGUGUCAGUUGAUGUUUUCAGCCAUUGUCUUCCAAAUUUUGGGAAAAAUUACUUUGCUAACCUGUGAGGGAGGGACUGGGGUUCAGUUCUUUGGAGAUCCCCAAGUUGCUCAGAUAGUUUGACACAGAAAUACAACAUAGCACCUGCAGUCUCAUAGCACCAUACCAACUACAACUUUGAGUGCCCUUUAUAAAGGUCUAAAAAUCACCAUAAAAACCAAUAGAAUAAUAAAAAGCUAUUAAUUUGUUUCUGUGCUGGUUGCAAACAUUAAAAUACUUCAAUUUUAAUUUAUUUAAUCUAUAAAUCUGUCAUUGGUUUUUUAUGACAAACUCCAUUAAAUAUAAUUCAUUAGAGGAAUAUGCAAAUUGAAAGUAGUGGUUUAAAGUGUGCAUUACAGUUUGAGAAACACUGUCUUAUUUAUGUUUGCAUCCUUGUGAUGGCUGAAUUGUGCAAUUUUGAAAAUAAUUCUGACACAUGCAAAUUACUUUUUACUUUGAGUAAUUGCAGCUCAUAGCUAUUGUUUGAUGAUCUGUUAAUGACUUUGCAGUUUCUUUGUCUUUGUGGAAAAGCUGUGCUUUUUAUGCAGCUUUGAUUGGAGCCAGAAUUGUCCAGCAUGAGUCCUGUUUCUAAACGGACGGAUAAAGGUUCUAGUGCAACACUAACGGACUACAAAAUACUCACACAGGACACGAUUCAUACAAGCUAAUUAUUACAUAUAGAAUAGAGGAACAGUGACAAAUGACACAGGCUGAAACUUGAACUAUCUGACAGCCUAUCAGAGCAGCUCAUAAAAUAAAAACCUAAUAAAACAAAACAUAUUGGUGCAAUUAAAACAAAAGAGAAUUAAAAUUGUUAUAAAGAACACAUGCUGAUAACAUUCCUUUGAUCUCUACAAAGUAAUAAAAUAAAAUGUUGUUCCUUGUCCCAGUGUUUAUGAUAUAUUUGUAUUUAAUGUAUACAAGGAAUGGACUACUCAGUCUUCUAAAAAUCAUUAAAUUGUGGGGAGGACAGAUAUUUAACUGUAGUAGAAUAUAUGUAGAAAUAACUGGACAUUGCUAUUUACAUUAAGGGGUUAAUCCAACUCUUUAUUGUAGUAUGAAAUAUUGGGCAUUAAUUUCUAGGUCUCCCACUGUUAUAGGUUUAAAAAGGGGGGGGGAAAAGGUAAAAAGGUUUGUGCAAUCCAGUGCCUGGCAAAGCUUCCCUGGUUACUUUCCACGCACUGUGUGACUUCACUCCUUUCCUCUAAGGUCCAAUCAUAUGCUUCUCAUAUAGAACCGCUCAGAGCAUGCGCGCACCCUGAGCCAGGGAGGUGAGGGAGUAGGGGUGGACACAAGAGGGAGGAAAAAAUAAAAUAAUUGUCAAUAGGAGGAGGUAAGGAGGGGACAAUUUAGCUUCCCGCUUGCAGGCAAACGCAGAACUUAGUCGCCAGAGUGCAAUGGGCUUUUUUGCGCAAAGUUAAUAUUGGGACGGCUGCCUAAGUCAUGAUUACCUUUGAUGUAACUAGCCCCCAGCAAGUGCAAAUAUCUCUGUAUGUGCAAAAAGUCUUAACAUACAAAUCAAGAUCAUUAUGACCACUUCUAAAAACAGAGGUAGACAUGGUGGUUUGCGUAACUCGAGUAGUUAAAAACUUUAUAGAACAAGGAGAAAUCUGCCACUUCUUCAGAAUAGUUUCCCAGAAAUAUGUAUAGGGUGGAGUGAACACAAGUUCCUAUAUAGAGAUAUGCCGGGAAAUAUAAAAUUAACUGUUACUCACAACAAAAUGAAUGCGUUGGUUCGUGACUUCACUGAUAUUAACUUAAAAAAAAAAAAAAGAGGUUACUCUACAGAAAGUCUGCUUGUCAUGCAACUUUUAGGCCUAGGUCAUAGCAUAGUAAUUGCAUUUUUGAGCCCUGUUUGAAACCUCUGCAGUUAGUGCCAAAUAUCACUUAAACCUUAGAGCCAAAUGUAAAUUUUGAGAUGUAUAUGUGAAUGGUGAAAGUUAAUCAUACAAAAAUAACGCCAUUGAUUGGAUUUCUGAGAUGGUGGUGGGUGGGAUUUACACUCCUGGAUAAGCAGCAGUUUGUCAGGAGUGUGAAACCUGUGUGCAAUUAAGAGCCUAUGUGUUGAUUUAUUUAUUUUUAUUGGGUUGGUAACAAAAGCUUGGGAGGACAUUAUAAACAUCAUAUGUUGCAUUUAGAAUCUCCAAAUAUUUUAUAAUUUGCUAACCCACUUGACGGUUAUUCACAAACUGGUCAUUUGAAAUGAAAACAGCUAAGUUGGAAAUCAAAAUAUCUGUGGAGACUUUAGGCAGGGAUAGGCAACUUUCAGCACUCCAGGUGUUGUGGACUACAUGUCCCUUCAUGCUAGCAAAGCAUCAACGGAGAUGUUGCACAAUAUCUGGAGUGCCUAAGGUUCCCUACCCUCUGCUUACGGGUAUGUUGGUUUAGAAUUGGCAAUUCUCUGGUUUAUUUCCAGUUUCAUGCUUGUGAGAAAUACUGCAUGCAUGGAAUUGUAAAUAUUUUGCUAAUAUAUAAUUAUAGAAUGUUCUACACUGUAAUGAUGCAAUUCUAGUAUAGCCGUGAAAUAAAAAAAUAAAGAUUCAUAAAGAAAAAAGGCUGGCAUCAAACUCGAACAUCCACCUGCACAUCAACAGAGAAUGUUUAGUUGUUGCUGCUGGGAGUAGAUUAUACUAAAAGUGAAACAUUUAUAUAUCUAGCAUACAGCUGCUAUAUGAAGUUGUAAGUGUGAUUGGUGGCAGUGAUGUAUUAAUUAUAUUGUGUAUUAGACAAUUACAGAUAAGAAGGCACAUUCAAUUAGUGUACAAAUAAUGAGGCAGCUGUGUUUGUACAUCACAUGGUGAUGAUUACUUUUCUCUGUUUGUUUAGAUCUCAUAGAUUGUAAGCUAGCUUCAGCACGGCCUUCUUCACCUCUUGUUCAUAUUCUGUAUGUCAGUUACUUGUUGCCAAAACCUCCUUUUCUAUCAUUUCAAAGACCUGUCAAAUAAACGACAGUACUAGGUUUCAGUAACUAUCACUAUGAAUUUACAGUUUAAACAAAAGAUAUACAAGAAACAAAGUAGCUUAUCUUAGUCAGAAGACUUUCACGAAGGCCUUGUUGGCCAAGAAAAGUUAACAUUGUGUAAAUAUGCCUCUAAAUCUGCAUCCUCUUUACCCUAUUCCCUUUUAUAUAACAAUACGUACAUUUGUGUAGUAGCUGCAUGAUGGGCAAACCCUCCUAUCAGUCUCAGAGAUAGAAUUCAAGGCACCGCAUCCUAUCCAUUAUUCACCAUGGAUUUUUUGGUUCACCAUUAGGAAUUCACCUAAGAUAACUUGUCAUGUGUUUUAUCUCAUUUGGUUUUUUAUUUUAUUGCAAUACAAGGCAAACUGUAUUAGAAUAACCUCUAUCUUCAAGGGAAACUAUAGUCACCAAAACAACUUUAGCUUAAUUAAUCAGUUUUUGUGUAUAGAACAUGCCCCUGUAGCCUCACUCCUCAAUUCUCUGCCAUUUAGGAGUUAAAUCACUUUGUUUAUAAACACUAGUCACACCUCCCUGCAUGUGACUUGCACAGCCUCCCUAAACACUUUCUGUAAAGAGUCAUCUAAAGUUUAUCCUUCCUUUAUUGCAAAUUCUGUUUAAAUUAGAUUUUUUUUUUUUUUUUAUCCCCUGCUAUGUUAAUAGCUUGCUAGACCCGGCAAGAGCCUCCUGUAUGUGAUUAAAGUUCAAUAUACGGAGCAGGAGAUUAAAUUGUUUAAGGUAAAUUACAUCUGAUUGAAAGUAAAACCAUUUUUUUUCCAUGCAGGCUGUGUCAGUCAUAGCCAGGGGAGGUGUGACAAGGGCUGCAUAAACAUGAGCAGUAAAACAUGAGAGGCACGAUCUAUACGCUAAAUCUGCUUCAUUAAGCUAAAGUUGUUUAGGUGACUAUAGUGUUCCUUUCAUGUUCACUGCUGUGCUUUGCCCCUCCCUUUAGCUGACAAAUGUCUCCGCAGUCCUUCUGUAUUAUGCAGAGAGGCUGUGAAUUAUCAUUUCUAUUCCCCUCCUUAACUGUAAAAAGAAACAAAACAAAAAAAACACAUUUCUAGAUCACUGCAGUGAAAAUUGUCAUAAUCUUAGGUACUCCAUAUGCACCCAAGGUUUCAAAUGUUGGGCUACGUUUUUACAUGUUUUAAUUGGCUUAGCUAAAGUCAGCAUCAGUCAUAUUGUGCAAGUUUAUGCUCUGGUAUGUCUCUGGUUAAAAUUGUAGUGCCAACAACAUUUGUAGAACUGCGUUCUAGGUAUUUUUCCUCAGUGAUGUGAUUUUUUUUUUUUUUUUCACCCUGUUCUGCUCUGUGGCAGCUCUUUGCAGCAGCAUAGGACAAGUAGGCAGAUGCCUAACGGGACACAAGUAUAUUGUUAAAUUGUUUGACUACUCACUCUGGGAGUAAGAGCAUUCCUGGCACUAUAACUACUACAGCAGGUUAUAGUGCUUGGCAUGUUUCUUUAAGUUCUGAUCUACUUGAACGAUGCCAAUCGAGUGUCCAAAUUUGGUAUUAGGACACUCGAUUGAGGUUAGUCUGAUGAGUGAACCAGGCCAGGUUUACAGCUUGAUUAUUCUGGCAAGCUCCCUCUUGGUAUCUUUAUUGACAAUAGUAACAAAUUCACAUUAAAGGAUCACUAUAGUGUCAGGAAAACAAAUCGGUUUUCCUGACACUAUAGUACCCUGAGGGUGCCCCCACCCUCAGGGUCCCCCUCCCGUGGUGUUGAAGGGGUUAAAAACCCCUUCAGUUACUCACCUUAUUCCACCCCCGGGCUCCCUUACCUCUCCUCCUCCGCUGACGUCAGCUCCCUCAUCCCCCGUCUUUUUCAAUGCUUUCCUAUGGACGCUCUGCGUGAUGGAGGCAUAAUAUGCCUCCAGCGUUGCAGAUGCGCCUCUAGUGGCUGUCCAGAAGACAGCCAUUAGAGGCUGGCUUAACCACAAAUGUAAACAUAGCAGUUUCUCUGAAACUAUGCUUGCAUCUGCAGGGUUAAAACCUGAGGGACCUGGCACCCAGACCACUUCAUUGAGCUGAAGUGGUCUGGGUGACUGUAGUGUCCCUUUAAUUGCCUGUCUCUAUAUUUUACUGCUAGUUCUUGCAGAGUUGAGUUAAUAAUUUUAAAUUUUCAUUCUGGCUUUUAAGGUUUUUGAUAGAAUGGUUUAAGUUUAAUAUAUUCAUAUAAAAGCUUUAGUUUUUAUAUGCUUAAUGAAGUAAUUUUGCUGCAGAGACGCUGUCCCAUUUGUGCAGAAAUGUAAAGCAUUGCAGUUUCUCUGAAAUGGUAAUGUUCCUUUUUAGUCAUAACUACACAUCUAGAGCUGGACAGAGUGACAGCCAGUAAAGCCAUGUCCUAGUGAAGACUUGAAAUAAUUGAGUUUUCUCAUUCUGCGUCAUUGAGCCCACCAGGAUGUCGAUAAAUAGAAUACAAACAAAGAGAAGUAUACACACUAAGAAAGUGUAGUGAAACCGUAUAAUAGGGAGAAUCAUUACCUGAUUUCAGGUUAUUUGUAUAUUUUCUAUACAUAUAUUGUCACGUAUUGGGAGGUGUUUCCACUUUGUUUUUUAGGAUGCCGAUAAACACUGGGAAUGCUUCUUAUAGACAAGCUUUGGUUUUAGUGCUUCUCAAUGCAAAGUGCUUUGGUACAUGCACGUGACUGUUUGUGACUACACAAUAGAUCAUGAAAGUGCACUGUAGUGGUUAUGGUGCCAGGAGUGCUCUUCUUAUUGUAAGUAGUAAAACCGUUUUAGUACAGUUUGACUUCUUACCUGGGGUCUCCCGGGCACUGCUCUCCAUCUCUUCUUAGCCUGCAGGAGAACCAGGAGCUUCCAUUAGCUCUCCUGAUCCAAGACCUGCGGUGUAAAACCAGCUCAUUGGCUGGGAGUAUCCUGCAUUGCAGGGUUUAGAUCACACAGCUUGCCUGGAGGCUGCAUGGGAGGUAAUAAGCAGCAGCUGAAGGACUCCAUUCUAAAAUACAAAGAGCACUCCUGGCACCAUAACCACUACAGUGCACCAACGUGUUUAUAAUGCUUUAAGUGUUCGGUUUAAUAAGCUGCACUUCCAACCUACGAGGAUAUAAAAAUAGCUGCCAGCAAGGUUAAGCCAUGACUGAAAAGUCAUCAUACACGAGGUUAUUGACUAAAUUGUGAAUUCAAAAUUAAUAUGCUACGAUGACUGUUUUAAUGACAAUGUGGUGUAUUGGAGUAUACCAAUCUCCCCAUUCAUCGAAAAAAACCAAAAACAAACACUUGUAUAUUUAGUCUAAAGGUAUGAGUAGUUUAGAGGACAGUAUUACUAAAGCAUGUGUUGAUUCCUUUAUGUAGAGGGUGUGCUUUGUAGUCAUGGGUUCCAGGAAAGAGCAGAGUCAAGCUAGUGUCACCUGAGAGGAAAGGACUUGAUAUGGAUGUUUGUGUUAUUUAUACAUUUGCUCUUUGCUUCCUACAUCAGUUUUUAAUGCUGUAUCACUUGAUGCAAUGCCAGAUGGGGGUCAAGUGCACUCCCAGGGUUAUUUACUAAGUGGGAAUUCAAAGUGAAGGCUAGAGUAGUUGAACUGAAAGCAUAGCUGACUUAGGAGAAUUUUUCCAGUUUGGCUGUUUUGACCUUAAAUUUGAAAUUCACUUUGAAUCUGCUUUGAAUUCUGACUUUUAUUGAAUAACCCUGUCUGUAUGAAUUAGAAUGGAGGAAUUUGUAAAGGUAUCAGAUUUCUAUGGGACUAGCACUGUACUCUCUCAUAUAAGAUGUUGUUGGUGUUUGUCUUCUUCCAUGGUUUCAAAUGGGACUUGUGAUACACAGGGUAUAGUUAAAGUAAUGAGCUGUAAGUCUCUAGUGAAUUCUAUGAAAACACUGGAAUAAUGCAUACACUGACUUCUUAUAGACUGUAAUGGUAAUCUGCCAUCUGUACAAAAGAUGUCUGACUAAGUUAAGAGGUUAUGACCUUAACAAACUUCAAAAGUAUUGACUUCCCCAAGUUAUUCAUCCACUAUAAUGUAAAAUUAUUUUUUUCCCUUGUUUCCUUCUGUGAGAGUUUGUAGAAUACAAGGUUUGAGUAGGCCCCAGGCCAAUUUAACACCAACUUUGUAAGACGGUGCCUGACCCUUUUUCCCAGCUACUUCCUUUCUUUGUGUGGUGCUGUUGAUAGGCUGAGACUCGAGUCAACCUAUUACAAUAUACAUACCUUUUGCACUCUGUUUUCUACGUGGGGUGCCAAUAAAAAGCUGAGAGCACCCGCUGACACUCUCAAUGCAAAGGCGUGGAAAGAAGGAAUUUUUAUAUAUAUAUAUAUAUAUAUAUAUAUAUAUAUAUAUAUUAUACACACACACCUAUUCAAGAGACUAAAGUGGUAUCGCAAUCGACAUGUCCUGACACAAAAUUAAUAAUGAACAUUUAGAGACCAGGAGAUCAGGUUUUAGUGCAAGGCUUGACAAAUUUGCUUUGAAUCUAGGAGCCAGCUAAAAAUGUUAGACCGGUUUUGUUAAACUAACAAAGCUUCAUUUUCAACACCUAAAAUACAAUUCUUAAAGGGUAACAGCUUAAUGUAGUGGUUCUGGUGUCUAUAUCCUGUCCGUGUAGGCUUUUUUUAGAGAAAAGGCAGUGUUGACAUUGCUGCAUAGUAACAACUGUAGUGCGUAAAAACGCCUUACCCAUGCGAUUGGAGGUUGGCCGGUAACCUGAACACACAUUUAGAGACACACACUCACUGACAGGCACAUUCUCUCUCAAAUUCACCAAUAAUUAUUUUGAUUUAAAUUUAUGUCCACCCAGUCUUGGGAGAGCUGAAGUGGAUCAUUUCCUUGAGGUCCAGUGGGGCUUGUGUAAUUUUUAAGCUUUUCUUGCUCUGCUCCCUCGCGCACUGUUUAGCGACGUGGGGGCCAGAGUGACAUCAUAUUGCUGCUCCCAGUGUUUUGUCAGAUUUCCUUACCCUCGUCACAUCCGGUGAGGCGGACCAGCUGUUGCCUGUGCUACACAUGCGUUCUAGCACUCCUGAUGGGUAGGAAACUGAUGCAGGUUGGAAGCGUGUGCAAGACAACCCCAUCACUGCCAAUGACAAGGCAUCAUCUGGAAUGGUAACUUCUCGUCAGCAUGGAGGGAAGUUAAGUGUUCGUUUAAUUUUUUUAUUUAAGUUUGGGGGGCGGACCAUCUUGAAAGCGUUACUCUAAUAAAAAUCACUGUUUUCUCAAAAUGAUUUUUGAUUGGAGUAACCCUUGAAUUAUGGUAUUAAAUUUUUUGCUCCCCAAGUGAAAAUUUAGUCCAGAGGAAUGAGACCAUUUACCUCAAGUUACUUUUCACAAACCAAUGAUUUACACUGUAGUGAAAAACUCAUGAUUUACAUUUUAACAAGAUUACUCUCAAAUGUGUAACUAAAAAGUUAUUUCCAUUUUAUUUUUCUGAUGUCAAACUCCAUUGGUAGGUUUGUGAUGAAUUCUGUUAUAGAAUCCAUAGGCAGCUAAGCAACGCAUCCUAUAAUUCUUAGUAUGCAGUCAGUGCUCAGAAAUGUUUGUGUACAAGUUAUUUGAGAGCUGAUUGGCUGUGCAUGGUGCUGCCCUAUCGAUUCACUUUAGUUGCAUUGCAAGAAGAGGUUUGCAGCAGCAAGUACCUUUUUGUAAAAACAAAAUAAUUUUUUUUUUUUUUUGCAUAAUUUUAGACGUUGGAACUGUUAAUAUUUAUUGUGCUAUGGGUUGUUAGAAACCUUCCAGCCAUACACAAUACAUUUUGUAUAAAAUAUGCAAAUAUAUUGUAAGGAUAGACUUGUCAGUUUCGCUGGUUAGAGACGAUAUUCAGCAUCUGAUAAUUGGUUAUCGGCAUUGUAAUUUACCGAUUAUUACCAAUUCACUCGCCUCUCCCAUUCACCAAACGUUGUCUUCUGAAUCUGGAAACUCUAGCCUCCAGCCAUCGAAGUGCCAUGUAGUGACCUUGCGUCACCCUUUUCUGUAAGUCCCCACAUGCAGAGCUCAGCUGAAGGCAGGAAGGAGAGACGGUGAAUAACCUACUAUAAUGUACUGGUCAGACUGACCGAGUGAUAGGAGUGUGUGUGAUGACAGCAAUUCCACACCUAUCCGUAACAGCAGUGUACAUGCCAAUAUCCCACGGACACCAGCAUGUACUGGCUACCUGAGAGUGAUAGGAGUUUGAUUGUUCAACAACUGUCUCCAAAGGUGACCAAUAAUCUCGAAUGCAUUGUGUUUUAAUUAGUAGAAAUAUGGAAUAAAUAAUUCACGUGUGAAAAAUGAUAUAUGCGAAUGUGGGUUAUUGCUUUACUUAAGGUUGAAGCUUUUUAGUACCCCAGUAGUUGACAAAAUACAGGCAAAAAUGUAUUGUUCCUAAAAAUGUAAUCUUAACCAACUAGUAUCCUCUUUGAGGUUUCCAGAUAAUCUUAUAGGAAGAAAUGCUACACACAGUGACAUUGACUAUUUUAACCCUUUAAGGACAUGUGACAUGUCAUGAUUCCCUUUUAUUCCAGAAGUUUGGUCCUUAAGGGGUUAAAGCACCUGUCAUGACAUGUGAUGUAUCACAUUUAUGAAUUAGGUGACAUUUUUCUAGCGCAUACAUAUUUACAGAUUAUUAUUUCUUACCGCAAAGCCAAUUAUCUAUCUUAAAGGUGUACUGCAACUGAUUUUGUUCUUCACAUUCCGUUGUUUGGAGUGCCACGUGAUAUGAAAAUAUUGUGGCAUAUUGAAGCCACCCUUUGCCCUCCUGAUAUUAGAUGGGGGAUCUAUUCUGUUCUCAAUUACUUAAAUAUGCUGUAUUCUGGCUAUUUUAAAAAAGAGCCUUUGUAGUAGCUAUAUGCACAUUCAGAUACAAGACACUGUUUUCAUUAGUUAGUGAAUUCAUUGAUAUUAUAACUUGAGAACUCUAAGGUCUUGGCAUUUUUAGUCCUGCAGAGUUAUGAGAAAUUAUCUAUAUUCCGGUGCAGUUUGACAUGCAGUGCAAUUAUCAAAUGCUCCAUUAUUCCUUGCAUUUAGUUCAUACACACUAGGCCUAUGGCCCAUGUCACUCUUCACUAGGAUUGCAGUGACAAUUAUCCAAACAUAGUAGAAUUGCAAAUGUUUCUGUGAAUCUCGUCUGCAUACCCUACCCCACUGACUGUCAUCCAUGUUUGCUAAAGUAAAAACGAAGGAAUGUAAAGGUCACCAUGAUUUAAGAGUCUGUUUUUAUAUGAGGUUUUCUUUAGUGAUCAGACUGUGGUAGACUCGGAGCUACGUGGGAAUUUUUAUGUUAAAUUUAAACUGACUAGGGGGGAAGAAGGCUGCUGCCCUUCUAGAGAUUCUUAAAAUGAUCCCCCAUACUUCUCCGUUACAUUUUUACGUUCAGUGCCAGCGUACACUAUUCAAACGUUAUUUUGAGUAUCACGUAGACGAGCUAUUUUUAAACUAGAUAACGGGAAUCUGAAGUGAUUUAAAUUUUCUUUUUUGUUUCUCUGUAGGUGCACUGACCAAAGUACGAGAGAGUAAGAAGCAUGUAGAAGAAGGGAAGAUGGAGCUUCAGAAAGCAAGUGAUAUCCAAGAACGCUGUAACAUUAUUUCCUAUGCUAGCCUAGCAGAAAUACAGCACUUUCACAAAAUCCGAGUGAGAGACUUCAAGUCACAAAUGCAACAUUUCUUACAACAACAGAUCACAUUCUUCCAAAAAGUGACGCUAAAACUGGAGGAAGCUCUACAAAAAUAUGAUGCUGCCUAGGAAUGACAUGGGGAAACCCUCAGCUUAUUCUCCUCGUUUUGGGGAUGGUAUAUUACCCUGGGGAAAUAUUCACCCCUACAACAUUACAACCUGUUGCCAAUAAUUGGCGGUGGUACACGAAUGGUCGUACAUAUACUAUUUUUUAGUAUACUGUGAUGCAGAAAUGUGGAACCCUAAGAUAGUUCCAGCAUAGCACAUUUGUAUUUAAAUUAUAUUACCUAUUCCUACACUACCAUUGUACCAAUUUUUUCUGGUGUAUCAAGUAUGCAAAUUGCCUUAUUGUUUUCUGAAGUAUGUUGUUAAGGUGCAUACACAAAAAAAAAAAAAAAGACUAACACGUUACUUCAGUUGCCUUUUUUAUUCUUACACCUGGAUUUAACAUAUCCUCUGUUUACAAAUCUUCUACUUGAGCAACUGUUCAAUUGUGUGCCUUCUUAAACUUUUUUUUUUCCAGUAAUAAAUUCAUAUUUUACCAUGGGGGAAUUGUUUAUCCAAUGUAAACUUUACAAGUCUGCUAAAUAUUGUUUUCUCCUCUAUUGCCCACAGUGCUCUAUUUUGUUAGGAAAACAUGGGCUUCCGUGACAUUAUCUGUCCUGUAGACAAGGAGACGAUGGGAUUAACCUAUUGUUUGUUUAGGUUACUGUACGCCCAUGUCAGGAAAAGAUUCACUUGUUACAUAGAACUGUAAGACAACGCUGAAGAGGAACUGGCUAUUUUAACAUCAAUAAGUGAAAAUUCACAGGACAACGCAAUUACGGCUUAUUGCUCGGUACAGUCUUAUUGGUUUUCAGCAGUUGUUUACUUGUAUGAUGGUUAGUGGAUGGGUUAAUGAAGUGUGCUAUUGAAGUGUACGAGCAAGGAGCUGUUAACUAUUUGAUGUGACUCGAAAAGACACUUUAACUGGGAUUUUGGAGACUCUGCAAUCAUCGAUUAAGUAAUGAAAUAAAAUUGCAUUGCUGGCAAUAAAGCACAUAUCCUUCUACAGACUAGUUUACACAGCACGUCUGUUCACAUCUUAUCCAUCUAGGAGAGAGCAGUAGCAUGUUAAAAUUAAUACUGUGUAUGCAUACAAUUAUAUUUAAUGCACUCAUUUUAUUUAUUAUUUUGUAGCCAAUCUUUUCAGUUUUAAUAUUAACCUUUUCUGUGGAAUAUUUACAUAUUGACAAUAUCUAGUGAAAUACUAGCAAUUGUGUAAUGCUGCAUUUUGAGAUAUUGAAGCAGCUCUGAUAUAUUAGUAACCCCUGAUAUAUCAUGGAUACUUGUUGGAUUUUUUUAAUGCUUUAUAUUAUUGACACUGGUCUUUAAAUUCCUGAAGUUACUGUCACUUCCUUUUCUUAAUCAUGGAAAACAAAGCACUUGAGCUCAUCUAUUUUAUUUUUUAUUUUCUUUUAAAUGAUAUCAAAUGCGUCUUGGCUUUGUUACAAGGUUGGACAGCCUUUUUGUUUUUCUAGCCCAUCACCAGAGGCAGAGGAUAAUGUAACUUGGAGGCAAAAAACAUAAAGAAGCUUUUCAUGUCACUCAUCUCUUGCAAAAUAUCAAGAGUCGGCUUUACUUUUUUUUUUUUUUUUUGCCCUGGGGCACAAGUAUUAUUUAUACAUGUGCUGUAUGGGACAAGUACUGGCCAGUUGCAAGACAUGGGAGAUUUAGCCACAUAGACAUGUAUCUAUUUGAAGUUCUAAAAUGUACCCGUCUUGAUAAUGGACUUGUGCACCUUUUUAUAUGAAUUCUGAUCCUUAGUAUACAAAGACACUUUUCUUCCUCCCUCAAAUCCUGUUUAUUCUCUGCCCCCUCAAACAAACUGGCCUAUGUAUGGAUCUGUGAUCUCAGUUUGGAGGCUUUCAGAGGUAGACCGAAGAUACAUAACUCCAAAGCUUGGAGCUGGUGCUUAACCAUUGAAGAUAAACAUAUCAAUGUUUAGGUCCUGGACUCCUAGCUUUUUCAUUUCUACUACUUUGCAGCAGCAUCAUCAUCAUCAUCAUCAUCAUCAUUGUUCAGCAUUUUUAGAAAUAAAAAAACCUUGUGGAGUUAGUUGUAGCUUCUGUAUACAUUCUUAAAUUUCUACAGUAUUAUCAUGCUUUCCUUUUAAAGGUGCCUAUUUAUGACUUGGUAAAACUACAGGUGCAUUAUAUAAAUUCUGCUGGUAGAAGAUCAAAUUAAAACACUGAUGUUAUUUCAUAGCACUGGAAGGAGUUUUAAUGAUUACAUUACGCUUACUUUGACUUCUUAACAUCUCCAACCCGUUACACUGUGUGAUCAAUACAAUGUAGUUAAAUUAUCUGCUGGCAAUUAAAAAUCCAACAUUGCUUGUAUCCAAAUGUUGCUAUGCACGUCUUUAUUUAUAAUUUUGCUUAUGGUUUUCUUUUGUCUGCUUUUCUAACCAUUUUAUUUAAGGUAAUGGUAAGUAAAGUCUUUUUGUGCAAAGCUGUUUGUUUUUCCCCCUUGUGUGUUUCUUUAUUAUGAGUUUGAAGCAGAUAAGCUGUCUAAAUUCUGUACCUGCAUGCAGUUGCAUCUUGCGCUGGUACGUAUAGUUCUACCUUGCCUUCCGAUUUCUCUUAACCUGCAAACUGUAGCUUCACUGCUCACCAUAUACACCUUAUGAUCACCUCAUCUCAAUGUACAACACAGCUAUGAUCAAAC